AUGGCCCUAAAGCGCAUCUACAAGGAGUUCCUUGACCUUUCUCGUGACCUCCCUGCCCAGUGCUCUGCAGGACCAGUGGGAGAGGACAUGUUCAACUGGCAGGCUACUAUAAAGGGGCCCAACGACAGCCCCUACCAGGACGGGAUCUUCUUCCUAAAGAUCCAAUUUCCAUUCAAUUACCCCUUAAAACCACCCAAGAUCACAUUCACCACCCGAAUUUACCACCCGAACAUUGAUAGAAAUGGAAACAUCUGUCUGGACAUCCUUAGAUCCCAGUGGUCACCGGCACUGACCAUUUCUCAGCUAUUGUUAUCCAUAUACACCAUGUUGUGUGACCCCAACCCAGAAGAUGCUUUGGUUCCAAAAAUUGCGAAGGUCUACAUAAAGAAUAGGCAGAAGUAUGACAGAAGAGCACGAGCGUGGACUCAUAAAUAUGCCACGUAA